CAAAAUAAAUAAACUAAAUAAAUAAAUGGGUCAUUAUCUGACUUCCUUUCUACUUUUGUUAAUUGUGUUCCCAAGUGAACCAAUGAACCUUUAUUACUUACCUUUUAUUUUCACACUUUAUCUUGUGCCUAUAGAUAGGAUGGGAUUAUACCGAAGAAUGAGAAAAGGGGCCACCUUCAUGUAUUCAUUUAUUUACUCAUGCAUGCAUUCAUUCAUCCUGCAGAUAUUUUUUGAGCACCUACUCUAUGCCAAGUACUUUGCCUUCAAGGAGCAUACAGUGCAACAAGUGAUAAAGUAAACCAGCAAUUGGUCUAGGAGCCCUGCAUAGAGUCCCCUAUUCAGCCUUGAGAAUUAGAGAAGGUCUGCAUAUGAGUUGGUCUAGUGAAGGGGGAAGGAGGUAGGGAAGAGUACCCAAGCAGAGAGCAUUGCCUACGUAAGGGCCAGAGAAGAUGUCGAGGAUUUUUUAGGGGACUGCAAUGAUUUUAGUAUUGCAGGAGUAUGGUGUGCAGGGGUGGGUUUUAUAUUGUCCAGAAUUUGAUAGUACAGUGUUGUUUAAACACACACACACACACACACACACACACACACACACGAAUAUCCUCCCUAGAUAGGGAAUAUAGUCUUGAGCCAUCAUAGGCCCCACCCCUUUCCAUUGUUCUACUCUAUCCUGAUUUAUUUUAUUACCUGCCUGAUCCAUGUAGGCAUUUCACUUUGGGAUCUUCUACCUCUGAAACUAGACAAAGAUCAAGUUCAGACUAUCUCAGUUGCCAUUUCUGAUAUGACAGAAAAGGAGACUAGCAUUUUGAUGGAACUUUGAAGACCAACCCAAUGAAAGAUCUUACCAUAAGAUAGGACCAGGACAAUGACUCACAUCCAUUAAAAGAAAGGGUCCCCUCCCCAGCAAAGAAAAUGGAGUAUGAAAACAAAUGUUUAUUGAGAUCCUACCAUGUGCCACGUACUAUGCUAAAUUCUUUUAUAUCAGGCCUUUCUAUGAUAGAUGAUAGUAACUUAAAGGAUCACAGGUGCAUGUAUGAAAUUAAUCUUAUAACUUACAAAGUGAUCUUACACAUCACCAAAUAUCUUAUAUAUGAGACUGUCACUUUCAUGUUUAAUGCAAUCAAAUAUUCAACACUAUUGAGGGACAGUUAUGUGUUAGGUACUAGACCACUAUGGGGAUAGAGUACAGACAGGGUUUAUGUAUUAGGUACUGGACCACAGCGGGGAUACAAAACAGCGUCACUAAUUGUCUUCUUCACUGCUGAGGGCAUCCUCACAGCAUGGACAAUUGUCUCCAUGUGGUCCUUUGAACAGAUUUGGGUCACCCUGGAAUUAAUGGAAUUUUUGAAAGAAUAAGUCAGAGUUUGUGACCUUGAUGAACUUUAACAAAUUUGUGUAUAUAAGAUUGAUUUGGAUCAAGCCAGCUCUUCUCCUUGGAAUGAAAAUCCCAGCCAUUAGGUAAGUAAAUCAAUAGCAAAUGCCUCUGCUGGUGAAUCAAGGAUGACGUUAUCUUCCUAGGGCUUUCAUAUGGAUGGUUUAGGGUUUUGAAUACCUUGUGAAACUGACUUGAAAAAUAAUUUCUUGGUCCUCACAAUAGAAAUUGGGCCAAAGCUGGUUUACAUGUUCAUGCUUGCAUUUGGUAUGAGUCAUGAGAAAUGAGGAUAUUUAUUUCCCAAAAAAGGAGGAGAAUCUGAGUUAACUUUGAAUCCGUUUCUGUGGCCCAACAAAGUGCCUUAGGCAGACUGUUGCUCAAUAAAUAUUUGCUAAUCCAAAAGUCACGUAGCCAGAGAUUUAUAUCUACAAAGAAAGGUCCUCUUUGCCAACCUGUCCGAGAUCCUGCACUGUGGGACUGCCCUAUAUAUUGGAGCCUUUGCCCACGAGGAAGUAUCUUAGGGAGUCAGGCACUGGUUGUGUUUCCAGAACCCCUAUUUGCCAGGAAUGGCACCCAGGUAAAACUAGAAUGUAGUAAUCCACCCUGAGCACAGACUGCUUCCUUCUCCCUGGCCCCAGUGAUGCAUCUGGGAGGUAUCACUGACCCUAGCGAGAGAAGAAUUACAGUUUCAACAUUUUGAACAGUGGCAGUGCUAGAGCCACAGAGGGAGGGCAGCCACAGCCACAGACAGAGGGAGGCAAAGCAAGUUUGUGCAUCUGAUGACAUACCUCUGGGGGAAACUUAGAACUCUAGGAGAGGCCCCACCAGAGCAAUUGGAAUCCUGAGUUAAUGAUUACAGUGAAGCAGAGUAAGGCCCCAAACAAGAGGACUCUGGUGAAACCGAAAAUGAGGUGGAGAGAGAAUUCGGCACCGUAGGAAAUUCAGUGAGAGAGAGGCUCAGGUUCUGUUGGUGAAACACUGAGUUUGGACUGACCGGCCAGUGGUAAGCCAAGAGAAGAAGGUUCUGAAAUAUUCUGGAGCACUUGAUAUCAUGCGAAGGGAAUUUUGAAUUACAAAUAGAAGAAAAUGGGAGAACAAGGCAGUUUUGAGGAGGGGUAGGUUUACGAUAUUUACAUGGACUAUUUCGAUUUGCUACAGUGUUUCACAGAAGGGAUCUAUAGAAGCUGGCACCACCGCUGGGACUUAUGAGGUGGGUGGAGCAGGGAGCUUGGCGUGGCCCAGAUGUGGCUUCCAGACCUGGCAGAGAGCGGAGGUAUGCAAAUGUGGUGGUUGCGGACAUCGGGCAGCGGAGUAGCCCAGGUGCCCAACAGUUGCUGAGCGCUCCCAGGUGGGUCUGGAAAGACAUUUGCUCAGAAGUGAACUGGGCUCCCAGAAGCGCUCUAAUUUCUUCAGAUCAUCUGAUAGCAGUCUCUGAUGUUUACCAGCUUCAGGGAGAUCAGGCCAUUGUGAUUUUUUUUUUUUUUUUUCUGUAAUAAAACUAGCCCCAGCCAGCCAGACUGGGAACUUACUGCCUGAGCUGUUUUCCAACAUGGUUUUGCUGGCAAAACUAGACAAGAGUGUUUCCUCGACUCUCAAGGGGCCUGUUUACACUGACUUUAUUUUUUACUGCCAGUUUUCAAGUGGGAAGAGGGAGAUUAUAUUUAAAGGUCAGCAGAUGACAAGCGAAUGCUCCCAAUUUGGAUAUGAGAGCUGAAGGGAAGAAUUGGGAAGGGAAGUCUCUGGUCCAUGUACACAUUCCCAAGGAAAUUUAGCACUGAGACUGACAUUCCUGGGAAACCAAUUUGCAACUGUUGUCCUCCACUGAGGGACAAACCACAACAUUGCUGCUCUACUAAGGAUUGACCGAGAAACCAUGAAAUCCCCGUCUGCAGGAGACUUGGAAGACUACCUACUGAAUAAGAUCUUGCCCAGCAAGUCCUAACCUUAGCACCUCUGGUGUUACCUUUGGAAGGCCGAGGCGUGGAGAACAUCUUACAACGAAGCCCACUGGUAUCCCACAGCCUCGGGAACCCCCCACAGCUGAGUCUUGGGACCUCCUGGAAAUCUUCACAUACAUGCCUGAACAGCCUCCAUUUCUUAGAGAUGUGAUCUCCAAAGUCUGUCACCCCGAAGUCCCCUACGUUCCCUUCUCCACCUUACAGCACAUUGCCUUGUCUCCUAUGCUGUAAAGAAAAUAGUCAUCAGACAGGAAAUCUCUCCCAUUCCUUCACUCCCUACCCUUUUAUCUGUGUUUGCACCUGUCUUUCUUUCCCUCUGAUGAACCAAGGUGAAGUGCUCACCAGGUUUCUGGAUUUGCAAGCCCCUCUGGCUGGGAAAUUUUUACUCCACGGCUUCGCUCUCUGCUGCCUCUUCCUUCCAGCUCCUUUCUCUCUGCAUUUAGACAUGUUCAAACCUGUGUGUCAUUUUGAAAAAACCUGUUGGUGUCCCUGUUUUGUUUUACCCCUCCCCUGGCCAGACUUCCUGGAAGAGUUGCUUACCUUGUUACUUGCUUGCCUCGCACUUAGUCUUAACCCACUUCAAUCUGGCUUAAUGCCCACCCCUUCCCCGAACACAUUGAUCCUGUUCCAGUUGCCAAACAUGGUGAACAUUUUUCAGGCCCUAUCUUGCUCGGCCCCUUACUGUUGACUUUGUUCUUGAAAUUCUUCUUCCUUUAUUCUCAAGACCUCUUGCUGCUUAUUCUCCCAUUUCGCCAUCCUCCUCCAAGGCAAUCCCUUCUCCAACAAUACAGGAGCCAUUGUAGUUCUUCCCUUGUGCUCCUCAUACUAGAUAUCUGCCAUUUUCUCUUUCUAGAACAACCUUCACACCCUUCUGUUUCCAGCUAACUCCUACUCAUCUUUCAAGAUACAACACCACUACACCAUGCCUCCAGAAAGGGCCCCCAGCCUCCAAUACUAGAUGAAAUUUCCCUUUUCUGCGUACCCAUAGUAUCCUGUGCAAACCUCUACCCAGCACUGGAUUGCUGUGACUUUAAUUUCCAGUUUAUUUGUCUUGCUUUGUCUGUAAACCUCUUGACACGUACGCACAGUGUUCAACAAAAUGGGUUGAAUGGAGUUGAAUCACAACACAAAGAAUUUCUACACUGCUGAGGACCCUUCACCAUGGGCUGCUAAACACGCUCUCCUUUAUGUUUGGCAUGGCAAAUGAUCUAUCCGCUCCGUGACCACCUUUCCUCUUCCACCUGGACACUCUGGAAGAUGCAGAAUCUUGAUAGUUUGCAGAUGUUCAAGGUGGACUUGAGGCGCCAGCAGAUCUCGCAGAUUGUGGAGGAGGUACAGAGGGUCGUCCACCAUCUGACCACAGAGAUCAGCCUCCAAGACCUCCGAUUUCAGGCCGUCCCUUACUCUGACACAUACAAUGGGAACAUUAAGGUUUUGGCCCCCAGCCAGUUCCUCGUCACAGUCCCGGUGAAGGGCCUGGUGGGGUACAGGGAGGCCAGGGAGCAGCGCUGGCGAUACUACACCCUGCGGGGCACCAGGCUCCCCUGUCCCUUGCAAGACCCAGAGGGCCUGCGGCAGUGGCUGGAGGCGGAGCAGUUCAUGAAGAGCCAGUGGCAGUGGCAUGAGGCAGACGUGAACAUUGAGGGAGAUAUUGUGCCCGCCAAGGUGCUUCAGGUAUUCCGGAAGCUGGUAGAAAACGCAAUUGGAACCUGUCAUCUCUCAGGUAAGGUCAGCAUGCUGACGCAGCUCUCCGCAGUUUGGGUUGCCGUGGAAACCUCCACAUGUCAGGUGGAGCUAGAGCUGGUCCCCACGGUGGAGAUCCCUACCGUCUGGCCCGAGAAAGCUCGCUGGCCUCCCUGUCUGAAGCGCUGGCCUUCCCGACAACGAGUGGAGUGUAUCAAGUCGUUUGGGUUUGCCUUGUUGGCCUGUUCAAAUUAUCACUGGCAGCAGAGUUUCCUGCAGGCUGAGCAGGUGCUGCUAAACCAGCUGGAUGAGGACGGGGGCUGCCGCAGGAAGUGCUUCCAGGCCCUGAGGCAGAUGAAGGAGGAUGUCUGGUGUCCGGGAAGGAGGCCUGUCGUCACGUCCCACCAUCUGCAGAACACCAUCGUCGGGGGAGGAGAGAAAAGUUUUGGCUCACCUGAAAGAAGAAAAGUCACAUUAACGCCGAUACCAGAAGGAGGUCUCCCGCCAGAAUGGUCGGUUUUCUUGUCAAGGUCUGCCUUUGGCCUUGACCAGUUGUGGAGUGGUGUGCGACGUCCCAGGUCUAGCAGAGCAAGAUUUUGCCCCUGGAUGUCGGCAUCAUCUUUUGGGAAGAACCAAGGGGUUCCGAAGCCUUAGAUGUCCAGACAUCUUGCAAGGUGAAGACAAGCCUUGGUCUUCUUCCUGCAGUCGGGCAGUGUGUGAAGCAACCUCACUGCAGAGCAAUACAGAAUGAGAUGAAAUUCACAUUAUAUUACUUAAAAUGUCAUAGCA